AUGGUGUCAUAUAUUGAAAAAAUAUAUGAUAAAGAAAGGAUCAAGCUUAAGGAAAUCAUGGGUAGGAUUCCAAAUAAAAUUUGUCUAACAUCGGAUGUUUGGACAACAUCUACUAGUGAGGGUUAUAUCUGUUUGACUGCUCAUUUUGUUGAUGAAAAUUGGAAGUUAGUUAGUUGUCUUCUUAACUUUCUUCGAAUGAAGCCCCCCCACACGGGUAUUGCACUGGAAGCUACUUUAUUUGAUUGCUUAAAACAAUGGGGAAUAGAUAAGAAAAUAUUUACUAUUACGCUGGAUAACACAUCUGCCAAUGAUAACAUGCAAGACCACUUGAAAACUCAUCUUCGAGUGCAAGGCAAUUUGAUGUGUGAUGGUGAAUUUUUUCAUAUCCGAUGUUCGGCCCAUGUACUCAACUUAAUUGUCCAAGAGGGUUUAAAAGUUGCUAGUGAAGCCCUCCAUAAAAUUAGAGAAAGUGUCAAGCAUAUUAAAGGAUCUGAUGGAAGGAUGCUUAAGUUCAAAGAUUGUGUCGAGGAUGCAGGGAUAAAUGUUAGCGGUGGUUUAAGAUUUGAUGUAUCUACUAGAUGGAAUAACACUUAUUUUAUGCUUGAAAGUGCCUUGCAAUAUAGGAAAGCUUUUGAGUUUUAUAAGGUGGCGGAUAGAAGCUAUAAAUAUUGUCCAUCUGAUGAGGAAUGGGAAAGGGGGGAAAGGAUUUGUGAGUUUUUAGAACCUUUUUAUGAAAUUACCAAUUUGAUUUCUGGUUCAUCUUAUCCAACUGCAAAUCUGUAUUUCAUGCAAGUGUGGAAAGUCCAGUGCAUUUUAGAAAAACAUCAAAAAAAUAUUGAUAAGGUGAUAAAAGAUAUGUCUGAUAAUAUGAAAAUGAAAUUUGACAAAUACUGGAUAAACUAUAGUAUUGUGCUAGCAUUUGGAGCUAUUCUUGAUCCACGCUUGAAGGAUAAAUUUUUGAAGUUUUGCUAUACUACACUUGAUGCCUCAACCUCUGAAGAGAAAUUUAAGAAUAUAAUGGAUAAAUUCAAAGGGCUUUAUGAAGAAUAUGUGAGUUAUUCUACCAAUCAAAGUGUUUCUCUUUCUCAACCAUCUAAUGAGUUCAACACAUUGGCUAAGCUAUCUAGAGAGGGGAAUAAAGCUAAAAAAUCAAAGAUUAUAACCGAUUUUAAAACAUGGAACUCGAUUGAGAGUAGGUUUGUUCUUGGAAAGAAUGAAUUAGAUAUAUACUUUGACGAUGAAUUACUGGAGCUAAAUGAAGAACACUUUGAAGAUUUUGAUGUACUUCUUUAUUGGAAGUUUAAUGAGAAAAAGUUUCCGAUACUCUCCAUAAUGGCACGCGAUGUGCUUAGCAUUCCUAUCACGACUGUAGCAUCUGAGUCUUCUUUCAGUAUUGGUGGAUGUGUUCUUACGAAAUACAGAAGUUCUACUCUUCCUGAACACAUCUAA